GAUUACUCCCUGGCGCCCCCAUAUUAGCUAGUUGACUUACUUAGUCUUAAAAAGAGAAGUUGACAAAAAAAAAAUAAACACAAUUUUUAGCUCUUGUAUUGAUUUAUUGUUUACCUAUAAGUAAGAUACUAAUUCUGGUGACUAAUUAUUAAUAUUUUGUGUUUGAACAUUUUGAUUCAGUCUUCUUAUUUAGACACAUUAUUUUAUUACGUUUGCUGACAGGAUCUCGAAUUUCCUCCGUAAUAAGUAAGUAAUAACUUUAAUAAGGCUUACUUUGACGACUAUUGUUAAAAGUGAUACUCAUUUGAGAUAUAACCAUGAUUCAUUGAUUGUCGUGAGACAUUGAAUUGAUUCUGAUUGGGAUUGAAUUGAAUUAAUUAGAUUAGGUCUUAAGAAAUAUAGUAUAGUUUAUUAUUGAAUUUUCCUAUUUGCACUUUGCCUUUGCAAAAACACCAAGGCAACAAGUUCACGGUUCAGGUAUUAUACCCACGGCCACCGUUCAUGUUUCUAUCAGUAUCUAUCUUUGAUCUUCAUAGUCAUAGAAUUGGAUUUUUUCGGGUGAAUAUUUUAAAGUUAAAUUAAAAAUGAUUGAUUAAUGUUAGGAGUCUAGAGUUGUUCUUACCAGUCACUAUAAAUUAUACUAUAAUAAUAAUAAUAAUAGCCUGGCCUAAUCAAUAAUAAUAUACCGGGUAAUAUAAUAAUCUAGUUUCAGUUUCCUCACAUUACUAACUCAGUAACUUCACAGAGAAGUUCAGUUACAGUUACAGACUAGUACUGUAAAAAUAUACUAAUUUACCAUAGUAUAGACUGUUCUGUCAAGUGUUGUCAGUGUUGAUGUUUUUUUUAUGGCAUAGUUAAUAUUAUUUAUACGACCUAAAUUUAAAUCAAACUCAGAGGUAAAGUAAAAUGAAACUGAAAUUGUAAUAGAUUUGAAUGUCAAAAGGGCAUAGUGUAGGUACUCAAAUUUUCAAAUACAUCUGACACUAUCAAAAACUAAGAGCAUAUCAUGGGAAAAUAGCUGGAUUUAAGCUUUCCAAUGACACCAAGAUAAUCUUUCUAUCAUUUAUAGGAGAAGUUAUGAUUUUUUUAGUAAUUUAUUUUUCCCCACUAUUCAGCUUUAUAUUUAGUUAUCAAAACUGUGAUCACAUUAUUACUCUUUUUGUUCUAUUUUGCUUGUAUAUUUUUGGCUGUUAAAGUUAGAGCUAUCAAAUUUGGGGGAGACAAUUACGUUACAAUGGUUAACAAAAUAAAACACAUGAAUUGUAAAUUAACUUAUUAUAUUUUUAGUAAAUAUUACUUUAUGAGCAUAUGGCAUGGAUAACGACAAUUUUGAAAAAUAUGACAGUUCCUAGGCCUAGGAUGGGGUGUUGAACCGUAGGAAUGAUUGGGGUGUCCAAGGGCUGAAAUUUAUGUUGUGGCUAUGCGCAUGCACAAAAAAUUAAAUACUUCCUGUUUAAAACUUUCAUAUUCAUAGAAUAAGAAAUAGCAUUUUAUGCUUUAAAAUAUAUAGAAAUGAGCAUUUUAUAGUUUAAAAAAGCAUCAAUUAACAAGAAUUAACAAAAUAAUUUAAAUAUUUUAAAUUCAAUGUCAUUAUGUACCGGUACCAUAGUAAAGAAUAAAGGAACAAAAAUGAAAGCAAUAGAUAGAAUAGGAUCAGAAAAUUAGAUGGUGCACUCCUGACUACAUAUUACAUAAAAAAUAAACUAAAAAACUACUAAGACUAAAACUAGUUGAUGUAAGAGGUUAGCUUCUUUUUAUUAAAUUAAAGUACUCAGUACUGGUAUGCUCAACAGUUUCAUUUUAAAAUGUUAAAAAUUUGUUCUUGUUUCUGAAGCCCACUAAAGUGACUAAAGCUACGUUUAUCCUGAAUUAGGCUAACGAGCAUGUGUGAGGCCAUUUCGAGCUGCUCAUUACAUAUUAUGCUUAUGGGGCUUCAAGCCCUCCCCAGAACUGGCCAUAUAGAACUAUUUACUCAUAUAAAAAUUGUAGAUAAAUUUAAUUAAAACCUGAUUAUUUAAAUUGAUAGAAAAGAAGAAAACUGUAAUGAUAGAUCUUGGGAAAAUUGACAAAAAUCAUCACAGUCUUUGAAUGUUUGGGACAAUGAUUAAAAAAAAAAAUUCGAAAGAAAGAAAAAAAUUGAUGUUUCCUUUUACCUGACAUGCGCAGUGCAUGUUUCUAAAUGAUCUGUAGCACAUGGCCAAUCCAGGGGGCGGCAACUUUUUUCUUUUAAUUCUAAUAUGUUCAUAACUUUUAAUAUAUUUGAAAUGUACAACAAAAAAAUUUUGAGGACACACCAUAUGCCAUGUUGAAAAAAUGUACCUGUAUAUCAGUAUUCGGGUCAACUAUCUAUUUUUUUAUUUUGUCAAUCCAGUAUUAGUAAUGACGGCUAUUGAAAUCAAAUGUACCAAAAGUGACUGAUCUAUGAAAAUAAUACAUUUUAUACAGCUACUAAUUAAUCAAAUUUUUCGGCUCAUUGAGAUAGUGUCAUUCUGAAAGUAAAAGUAAUAUUUAAAAAAAAAUGGUAUUUAUUUUUACCCGGACAUUAACAUUCCAUUAAUUUCUUUACUUAAGGCAUGACUUCUUUAAACACUAGGCACAUGCAAAAUGCUGCGUAAGUCAUAUGCAGAAGACUCUAUUACAGUGUUUUGUCCAAAAAAGAUUAGUAAAUUAAUUGGUCCAUUCACAAGUUUGUUAAAGUUUAUGAAAAAUUUAACAAAUUUAUUUUGUAUUUAACAAAAAAAAAGAUUUCUGUUUCAUAUGGAUAUCUAGCAACAAUUUCUUUAAUCCAUUUGGAGAGAAUAUUCUAAUAAUAAAUUCUUCUCACUUGGCACACUUAUUGUCCUUAGAAUGUCGACGACGUCAAAGAAACAUCAAAACUUUGUGACAGAGCCAAUGGGCGACAAGUUGGUGUUUGAGCUUGCUGGAAUUGGCGAAGCCCUGGGAAAUCGACUUGUUGAAAACAACUAUGAUAAGGUAUGCCUGUAUACAGAGAACCUGAUUUGAUUCCCCCCUGUUUUACUGAAUAAUGUUAGAUUCAACUUACUUUACUGGAUAAUGUUAGAUUCAACUUACUUUACUAGAUAAUGUUAGAUUCAACUUACUUUACUGGAUAAUGUUAGAUUCAACUUACUUUACUGGAUAAUAUUAGAUUCAACUUACUUUACUGGAUAAUGUUAGAUUCAACUUACUUUACUGGAUAAUGUUAGAUUCAACUUACUUUACUGGAUAAUGUUAGAUUCAACUUACUUUACUGGAUAAUGUUAGAUUCAACUUACUUUACUGGAUAAUAUUAGAUUCAACUUACUUCACUGGAUAAAGUUAGAUUCAACUUACUUUAAUGGAUAAAGUUAGAUUCAACUUACUUUACUAGAUAAUGUUAGAUUCAACUUACUUUACUAGAUAAUGUUAGAUUCAACUUACUUUACUGGAUAAUGUUAGAUUCAACUUACUUUACUGGAUAAUGUUAGAUUCAACUUACUUUACUAGAUAAUGUUAGAUUCAACUUACUUUACUGGAUAAUGUUAGAUUCAACUUACUUUACUGGAUAAUGUUAGAUUCAACUUACUUUACUAGAUAAUGUUAGAUUCAACUUACUUUACUAUAUAAUGUUAGAUUCAACUUACUUUACAACAUUGGAUUUAAUAGCUGCCAUACGCAGUUGAGAGCCAAAUGUAUAUAAUGGCGGGAUUAAGGUAGUCUUAUGUUAGAUUCUCUGUGGCAGUGUUUUCUGUUAAGAUUAUUCAUUCACUUCCAGACUUCACAUUUAAAAUUAUUACUAAUGAAUUUAAUGCUUAGACAAUAUUAAUCAGUGAACAAUUUUUUUUUUCUUCAAAAGUAAAGUUUAGUUAAGCGAUAUCCUCUCACGAAUCACUUGUCCCCAAAGCUCUUUUACCUGCUGCUAUUACAGCUUUUUCACCCUCCUCAGCCAUCUCCACCCUCCCCUACAAUCCUGCAGCCCUACAUUCUUACCUCUCCCACUUCACUUCUACUCUCAUCACCCUUUCAUUCCACUCAACAUUUUUUUCUUCUCCUAACUUGCCCCCUACUCCCCUAUCAUCCACCCAAACCUAUAAGAAAGACUGUGCAGAAAAUAGUUUCAAAAAUUAAUAAAAAUAAAACAUAUUUAAGUUUUCCUACAUUUAAUUUCAAUUUUUUUGGCUUCACAGAGUGUGGCUUACUACGCUUCUGCACAUACUUCUUUCCGUAGUCCAUUUUAAGAAAUUUGAAAUUUUUGCUAAAUUUAAUUUCAGCUAUGAUAGCACAUGAUGAUAUUGAAAAUCUCUGUAAAAUUAUUAGAGUAUUUCUUUUUAGUAAGGUAUGGUUGAUUUUGAUGAGAAAUUUACUGGUGUAUCAGCUUGGUUUCAAAAUUACUUUCUACUUUUUAGUGCGUUUAAACUCAUCUUUGAUAGAAAGUCUUUUAAAGUUUCUUAAUAUUUUUUUUGUCUGGUUCUCAGUUUAGUUCACAAAAUCUGUUCACUAUUUCAGGCUUACACAGUUCUGGGUCAGUUUUUGCUUUUCAAAAAGGAUGAAAGUCUCUUUAAGGAUUGGCUGAAAGAAAUCUGUGGAGCAAACUCCAAACAGCAAGAAGAUUGUUACCGUUGUUUAAAAGAGUGGUGCGAUUCAUUCUUGUGAGUUCAUUUCAUAUGUGUACAAUAAAAAAGGCAGUGUAUUUGUUAUUCAAUAUUUUAGCCUAAAAAAUGUUCCUAAAAUGUUCUAUUUAAAUUUGGUGAAAUUGAAAUGAUCGCACAUAUAAUUUCGGGCACUUUGAAACAUAUUGAUGCAGUGGUUCUAAAUAGUUUUAUUGCAGCUGAAGUUUAUUUUAUAACUUGAUGUCUUUGUGUCAUGGGCGCCAUCUGACACAGGAACAAAAUAGAAUAGUCUUGCAAUGUUAUCCAUCCAACUAAUGGAGUCCCCAAAGUUUAUGUAGAGACUUCCUUUUAAAAAAAAAAAUAUUUUUUGAUGACACAAUAAGAAGAUUUAAGUGAGAAUUUUUUUUCUUUCUUUUUUAUGGGGGGAAGAAAAUAGUUCCAGGCUUAUGUAAUGAUAUAAUAGUUCCAGGCUUAUGUAAUGAUAUAAUAGUUCCAGGCUUAUGUAAUGUUAUAAUAGUUCCAGGCUUAUGUAAUGAUAAAAUGCCUCCUCAUAGUUCUAUUAUAUAAAAACCAUUUUAUAACAAUCCAAAUAGCACUGUAAUUUGUUAUUCAGAAGACUUAUUCUUUUCUUUGUUCACCUGACCAACAUGUUGCUGUAAUUUAUGUUCAUGUUCUUUUCAUUGAUUUUGUGCUAUUUUUUUAUAUUGAAAGUUUGUUGAAGAAAUGUGCUCCAAAUUGAUUUUAAAACUUAUUUAUGGGAUCAUUAAAUAAAACAAUUUUAAAUAAAAAUGUACAUGUGGUUAAAGACAUGUAGUUAAAAUGGAAAUGUAAUUUUGUGCUACAAUUUGUUGACAGUCAGUUUAUGAUAGGAACAAAAAGAAAGAAUGUUUAUGUAAUUUAAAACUAUUCCACCUUACUUGAAAGGUGUGCCAGCAUCAUUUAAAAUGCUUGUAAUAAGAUCUAAUGGUAUAUUAAUACACUUAAAACUUGAGCACUAUAUGUAUUCAUCUAGAGCAUUCUGCUUGUUGUUGGUUUUUUCCAUUAUUACGCACUGUAGAUCUGUCUUACACAAGUUGCUGCUUUUAAAUAAACAUUUCUUUCUUUAUUAUGAUUUUGUUUUUUCAAUAAAAGUACAAGCAAGAAAGUAUAGUCCCA